AUGCAAUUCAUCGUUGCUUUAUUUGUGUUGCGAACCAAAUGUGGUUUUGAUGUGUUCAACUUUAUCUCCACCUUGGCUCGUGAACUUUUGGGUUUUGCCAAGGAUGGUGUUGCAUUUUUGACUAAUACAGAGGUCUCACAGUUUGGAAUGUUCUUCUUCACGGUUCUCCCAGCGGUGGCUUUUUUCGUGGCAUUUGUUCACAUCUUGUACUAUUUCGGUAUUGUUCAAUGGGCCAUCAUCAAGUUUGCUCAUUUUUUCUUCUGGUCUUUAAGAGUGCUGGGAGCAGAAGCCAUUACAGCCGCAGCGUCUCCAUUUAUUGGUAUUGGUGAAAGUGCUAUUCUUAUCAAGGACUUUAUGCCGUACUUGACCAAAGGUGAACUCCAUCAAAUUAUGACUUCGGGGUUCUCGACAAUUUCUGGUGCUGUUUUGGUGGGAUACAUCGGAUUGGGAUUGAAUCCACAGGCUCUCGUUAGUUCGUGUGUUAUGUCUAUUCCAGCCUCGAUCGCAGUUUCGAAAUUGCGGCACCCAGAAAUAGACGAGCCAUUGACUAGUGGUAAGGUUCAUUUUCCUGAAAAAGACGAAAGCGAGGAACGGCCCCAUAACGUGUUGCAGGCGUUUUCUGAGGGUGCAACUCUCGGUCUUAAAAUUGCUGGAACCAUGAUGAUUCAAUGUAUGUGUAUCAUUGGACUUGUUGCAUUGAUUAAUGGUAUUUUGACAUGGUUUGGAAAUUACUGGAAUAUCCACCAUUUCAGUCUCGAAUUGAUCGGUUCCUACAUCCUUUAUCCGGUUACUUUCUUAUUGGGAACUCCUCGUGACGAAAUAUAUCAUGUGUCAAAGUUGAUAGCUACCAAGUUCAUCCAAAACGAAUUUGUUGCUUACAAUUUAUUGAUGAACGAGAGCCCUUAUAACGAGAUGUCAAAGAGAGGAACUCUUAUUGCGACAUACGCAUUGUGUGGGUUUGCCAAUCUUGGAUCCGUGGGUAUUACCUUGGGAGUUUUGAAUACCUUGACCAACAAUUCCCGAGCAAAAGAUAUCUCUGCUCUCAUCUUAUCGGCAUUGUUACUGGGCAUGAUAGCCACACUUCUUUCUGCAGCCAUAGCUGCAAUGGUUAUGCAUGAUUUAAAUGGAUUUUUAGGUUAA